AUGCUCCAAAGUUCUCCACUCAAAACUAUACUGCUUCCAUCCCAGAAGACAUUCCCGUGGGCACUUCUUUCAUGCAGCAUCGAACUCAACAUAUUCGCUCGAGAUCGUGGAAAGCCUCCGCUCACUUCAUCUUCUCUGAUCACCAUUGCCCUUACUGAUGUCAACGAUAACGCUCCAAAGUUUGACCAAACAUCUUAUGAUUUGUACAUCGCAGAAAAUUCCCCGGUUGGAAGCACUGUUGGUGGCUUAUUUCCUCCAGGCACCAUAAUGGCCACUGAUCCUGACGAGGGAGAGAAUGCAAAGAUACAGUUUCGAAUAUUCGGAGGAGCCGAUGCUAAGCUUUUCGACUUGGAAGUCGAUGAGAAUCAGCCUGGAGUUUUCCGAAUCUUUGGAGGAGCCGAUGCCAAGCUUUUCGACUUGGAAGUCGAUGAGAACCAGCCUGGGGUGGUGCGGAUUCUCACUCGAGCGGAGUUCGACUAUGAAGCAAAGAAUAACAAAUUUUACUUGGAAGUGCAAGCCACUAGUGGUCAACUGAGCUCCACCGUAAUUCUGCGAGUGCACGUCUCCGAUGUAAACGAUAAUCGGCCGGUACUCAACGAUUUCAUUGUGCUCAUCAAUAGAUUCGAAUCAGAAAAUUCUAUAACACAUGUUGGAACCGUUCCAGCUUUUGAUCCCGACCAAAACGCGACCUUGGAAUUUUUCAUGGAAGAUAAUCAGCUUCUAACAGUGGAAAAAUUCACUGGAAAGCUGGUUUUGAAGAGUCAGUGGAAGAGAAACAUUGAUACAAAUUUCAAAACUUGUGUUUCUGAUGGUCCCAACCGAGUUUGUGCCAGUUGUCGCUUUAUUCACGUCCAUCUGACCCAAGAUUUGCUCCGAGAAGCUGCAACAAUAUUUUUGCCGAAAAUGUCACUCGAUGACUUCUGGGAUCCACCGGUUUUCAAUAGAUUCAGACAAUCACUGGCAGCACUGGAUACUUGGGACGAACAGAAUAUCUUCAUCGUAGGAGCACAACACGCUGCUGAAGGAGUAGAAGUCAAUCUGGUUGUGAUGGAUAGAGGAAGACUUGUAAAGUGGGUAAAAAGUUUCUAAAA